GAUUCCCAGGCAUAAUAUUAAUAUAGACAUCAAAAGCCCAACCUUUACAGAUGUGCAAAUACGCUGUCAACAAGAAAAUAACAAAAUGACUUCAACUCUGUCAUCUCCAUCAGCUGGUACUCUGGGGCUUGUACUUGAGAAGGAAUCCACAACACUGAAAGGGAAACUGUUUAGUCGGUCUCUGUCAACUCCAGGAAAAGACACAUUAAUAAUGAGAGGUGAGGUGUCCCUUAAAAAUCCUGAACGCAUUCAGUACAAACUCAACUGGAGAGAAGAAGCAGCCAUGGAUGUACUUAAUGGUUUGAAAGAAAGGUUGCCAAAGAUUUCUAAUGCCAUCCAUAACUGUGUCAAUAAAUACCACAAGGAGCAUUUUGGAAUGGAAAUUAGUGAAGCAAAUCUGAAGAUGAAGGAAGAUCUACAGGACAAAAUUACAUCAACAUACAGAUCUACUUCCAAUGAAAUCAACAAAAUAGAAUACCAGUUGCGGUCAACAGCCAGAGGAGCCACCGACAAAUAUAUGGACAUUAUGAGCAGCGCACAAAAAUGGUAUCAAGAUCCAAAGGAUAUGUCAAUUUUUCUGAAUGAUGGUGAAGUUAAAGACAAAGCAAUUGAAUUAAUACGUGCCUAUCAAAAUAAGAUGAAAGACUUGAUUGAUGCAGCUAUUAAGUUUGUAAAAAACACACGAUUCCAGUUACCAGGACAAACCAGAAAGUAUUCUGGAGAAGAACUAUUUAACCUUGGCAUGCAAAAAGUAGUGAGCACCAUUGACCAGCUUUUUGAAGCCUUGCAAAAUAUGUAUGAUGCCUGCAUUCAAUAUGUUAACCGUAUACAGCUUAAGAUUCCAGGUACUGAAGUAACAAUCAAGGGCAAAGAAAUUACAGAUGCAUGUAAAAGCUUUAUUACUAAUCUGAAACAAAUGACCAAAAAUGUUAUACAGGGCCUUCAAAGUGUAAGUCUAGAAAGUGCACUCAAUCAUCUUAAAAGUUUUAUACAGGUGAUCACUCAGAAAACAGUGGAUAUCAUCCAAGCUUUGCAAAGCCAGAAUACUGAAGAUGUAAGACUUCAAUUUCAACAAAUGUAUAAUGAUGCCAUGACAUCAGAUUUUGCAAGAGAACUGAAUAACUUAGUUGAAGAGAUGAAGAAGGUUAUAAGCCAGCUCCAAAACUAUGCUCAAAUCGGACAUGAAGAUAUUUCUGAAAAACUAAAUCAGCUGCAGGUCUAUGCAAAGGCAUUGCGUGAAGAAUAUUUAGAUCCAAAUAUUGUGGGAUGGUCAGUGAAGUAUUAUGAGAUAGAAGAGAAGGUCAUGCAACUGCUUCAAGCAAUCAUUGAUUCCCUAAAGGACCUGCCAUCCAAAUAUGGAAUUAAUGCUUCAGAAAUAACAGAACAAACUAAGGAAUUUAAAAAAAUACUACCAACAUGCUAGCGAAAUGCUGACCAAUGCAGAUGGAAAGGGCAAACAAUUAAUUAUGAGGGUUUCAAGAGAUCUUGAAGACAGAGUAACUAAAUGGUCUGCAACUGCCAGGCAAUUUUCAGAAGACAGUAAUAUGAUUCUAAAUGAAAAAAUUCAAGAUGCAUAUAGCCUUGUUGUAAAUUCUUAUGAGAAGCUUAUUGCUGAGGCAAGCCGACUAAUCGACACUAUCAUCCAAAACUACAAUUCUUUUAUUGAGUAUAUCACCCAACUUCUCCAAAGCAUGCAGGAUUCUGCUACAGAAGAAAUUAAGACAUAUAUAUCCACCCGGAAAGGAGAACUGAAAGUUGAUGUCCCUCAUCCCUUUGACUGGAAAUCAUUUGAUGAAAUUCCUCACUUAAGAAAGGACAUUAUAAGCAAACAAGCAGAAAUUGCACGCUCAAUGGUACUGGAUGGCAUCGAAAAAGGUUCUAAGAAUUGGGAAGAACUACAGCAGAUUAUUGAGAGACAACUCAGAGAAGGAAAAUUAACUGCAGAGCAAAUCAUUGAGAACAUUCGUAACUGGAAAAAAAACUGAAUAGACUGCCAUAGCUGAAAAGUAGGUUUUUGUGUUAUUUUCAAAUACAGUAGCAACUAGUUUACACAAAGUCUUAAAAUGUGUUUUUCUGUGUAAACAUAUAAAAAAUGUUUUCUUUAUUGUAAGCUAAUAAAAACUGGCAUUAUUUUUAACUAUUAUCAUUUCAGUGGUAACAUCAUGCAUAAUCAUCAUUAAAAUAGGAUGCAUCAUUAAAA